AUGGCCGAAGUCUCUGUUCCCCCAGCUGCGCCCCAAGAGUCAUCCUCGCGCCGAGGUCUCAAAGCUCGCCGCAAGCUGAGAGUCAAUACUGGUUGUCUCACAUGCCGCCACCGCCAUGUCAAGUGCGAUGAGCGCAAGCCGAGUUGUGUCAAUUGUGGGAAGAAAAGCCGCAUCUGCCGUUAUGAGUCCUCUGGGGACCAGCAGUCGAGACGAACAGCAACCGAGAAGGAAAUCCAAAGCCGGAGCCGGGACAAAGGCCCGAACCAGACCCAAACCUCAGCCUUGGAAUCCCAAGCGCAAUCAAUAGCACAAACACAGCCCUCACACUCACCAGUGUCCGUACAUGAGCUCAGAGGCCAACGCGUUCCCAUACGCGAACCCACGCCCAGCCAUGUGCAGAGUCCACAUCCUCAUCCUGCCGGAAGUGAUCUGUCCCACCUCGUCCCCUUCAGUGAUGGCCAGGACGGGCAUGACCCUAUCAUCUCCGCAUCUUUCACCAACCCUCAAGAUCUGACGGCUGUGUCCCCCUUCUCUGCUACUUUGGGGUCCAUCUUACUCGAUGCUGAGUUUUUCCCUGAACAACACGGAGAUGUUCUGCAACAGCUCUACCAGCCCACUGACCCGGGGCUGGAGCAAUCAGUGCAUCAAGGCCAUAUUAGCGAGAUACAUACGCCGUCAAAUAUUGAACUUCGGGUCGACUAUCAGAUACAAUUAUCGACUCACGAGGUCCCGAUCUUCCGAAACUACGUGGAGAAUAUUAGCAAGUGGCGACCAGCCGUUCCAUCGGUUAGUUCCCAUCUUAGCCUUGCGAUGCCCGUCGCUGCUCCAUGCAUGCCUCGCCCUCGCGUCUAA